CAACUUAAAUUUAAUUGUUUUAGAAAGGGGAGUUGGAUCUUCUCUGCAGCUGCCUGCUAAAAAACCCUCCAACCCCAACAAGUAAGAGUAAAGGCAAAGAACAAAACAAAACAUGGACGAAUGGCGCGCCACCAUCAAAAUGGAUCACAGAACCCAACGAACUUAGAAAACCUAACCGAGUCCUCCAUCAGUCAUAUUCCCAUCGACCGUUCAGAAUGAUUGAUGGUAGCGAUCAUGCAACAGCAGCAGCAGCAUCAACAGCAACAGCAGAACCCCUCUGCACUGGUGCCACCUCAGCUCAAGAAUCCCCAAUCCUCCACCACAACCACCACCGCCACCACCACUCCCCUUAGGUCACCCUCCGCCCAGUCGCCGCUCUCCGUCGUCCAACCCAUCCGGCAACCCCCACCCCCCUCUCAUCCGGUGGUGCCGGUUACGACGGUGGAGCCCGGUCUGACGGCGGUGCCGACGUGUCCGCUGGUCAGAGUCCGGCUCUCGGACAUUGCCCCCUAUGACGGGGCACCAGGGGGACCCUAUCUGAGAGCAAUGGAGGCACUGUGUGGGUCUCUGUUGCGGCACAAUGCUGCUUUGAUCGAAUUGGGGAACGAAGACACUGCUCUGAUGCGAUGCGGCUUGGAAGGUGCGAGGUUGUUCUUCAGAAGUAGGGCCCACCUUGGUUCUGGCAAGGGCAGCCGUGGGGUUUACAUGUACAGAGCAGGAAGGGCUUUGGAGGAUUGGGAUUCUUCUCCCCCUUGCAUGGCUGAUAUUUUCAGGUGCAUGGGAAAGGCAUCUCGAUCCGCCUUGUGUGCCAUUGCGAGGCAUUUGCGUCUUAGAAGCGAUGUUUUUAACCAUUUGCUUGAUGAUGCUCCAUUGCCUGCUAAUGAGGUGUCUUCGUCGGUUCUUGUUGUGACCUACUCACAUGCUUCUUUGCAAAAUGGAAGGGGUGCCAUUGGAGGCAGUAAGCCUACCAUGAAUGGUGAAGUUGAGAAGGGAUUGUUGACGUUGAUAUCUUCUGACACUCCUGGUCUUCAGGUAUGUGAUCCCAGUGGUCGAUGGUAUCUGGCAGACAGUGGGUUUGGGCCUGGAGAUCUUUUACUUAUAACAGGCAAGGCACUUAGCCAUGCUACUGCUGGCCUAUGUCCUGCUGCAUCAUAUAGAGCUUCUCCUGAUUAUUUUCUGAGUCCUAAUGGUGGAGGAAGGUCUUCUCUUGCAUAUAGGCUCAUGCCACAGGGCAAUGCUAUAUUAGAUUGUUCCCCAAUUGCAGCAGCUGGCCAUGUUAUUCCCCAAAGCUAUGUUCGAAUAUCUGUAAGCCAAUUUAUGGAUGACCUUGCUGCCGAAGAACUGAUAGGCAGCAGAUGUGAUAAUGCUGAUGCUGCUGCUCAACACAAUGUGAAUAAGGAGCCAUCAUUAAGAAGUGUUCUAUCAGAUCCUUUAUCUGGCACAUUCCUUGAAGAUGCCAUGCUUGUCUCAUGUGGACAUUCUUUUGGUGGUCUCAUGCUGAGGAGAGUCAUUGAAACGUCAAAAUGUACUCUCUGCAAUGUGGAAAUUGAAACUGGUUCUUUGAUCCCUAAUCAUGCUCUUAGAGCUGCAGCAGCUGCUGUCAAGCAUGAGGAUGAUCGGAGGUUAUUUCGUAAUGCCGCUCUCCGAAAGCGGCGGAAAGAAAUGGGUGACCAAAUGGAUUCAAUGAGAAGAGUGAAUGGGGAAAAUGGAGAUUUUACUGCUGCCGAUGGACUUCAGCGGGGAGUACAAUAUCCAUUUUUGGUAAAUGAGAAAGUUGUUAUUAAGGGCAACAGGAGAACACCAGAAAAAUUUGUUGGGAAAGAAGCUGUGAUUACAUCUCAGUGUCUCAAUGGCUGGUAUUUGCUCAAGAUUAUUGAAACUGGAGAGAAUGUCCGCCUGCAGUACCGUUCUCUUAGGAAGCUCUUAAACUCACCAGCGGACCAGUGCCCCUCCCAGCCAAUUCAAAAUAGCAGCUCUUAAAAUAGAUUUAUUGUAGGUUUUCCUUCUUUCUUUUUUCCUCCACCAGAAAAAGGAAACUUUUGUAGUCUUGAUCCUUUGAAGCAAAGAAUUGACUCAUCUAGUCUUGAUCUAUGAUUGUAAAGAAUUACAUUGACUGGUCCGGCUCCUUAUAGCAUGUGAUAGAGGUUUAUAAUGUAUCAACGAGGUUAUUUGUGUAGAUGCCAAUGCUAGGUCGGCUUAUAAUUAUUGUAAAGAAGAAAGCAGGCAAAGAUAAAUUAGAUAGCAUGUAAAUUGUAGCUUGCACUUACUGAAAUGGAUCAUAUGUUUAAUUUUAUUUAUUUUGCAACUAUUCAGUUUUUGUAGAA